AUGAGACCCAGCAGCUAUAAGGAACAGACGCAAAUCCAGCAGGGGAGUCAGAAAGAUAAGAAAGAGGGGGAAGAAGACAUAUCCGGUGAGGUGGAGGGUCCCCUAAGAGCCAGCCAGGUCCCCUGGGCCAUGGAACUGCAACCAGGCAAGAUGGCGGGGCUGAGGGCGGCGCGGGCGGCGGGGGGAGGACGGUUCCCGCAGGGCUCGUCCGGGCCCGGCGGGCUCGGCCUCGGCCUCCUCCCCGCCCGGGCCCCGGGCCGCGGCCGCCCGCCCCCCGGGCCCGCCGCCCCCCCGAGCCGGCCGCGGCCACCCCCGCCGCCGGCGUCCGGGCUCCCCCCCGGCCCUCCCCGGCGCGGCCUGGCCUCGGGGGCCCCCGCGCCCUGGAGCCAGGUGGUGUCGGACGCGGAGAAGCUCGUGGGCUACCCCACCUCCUUCAUCAGCCUCCGCUGCCUGCUGAGCGACGAGCUCGGCAACCUGGCCCUGCAGGUGCGCAAGCUGGUGGGGACCCGGCACCCGCUGCUCGGCACGGCCAGAGGUUUGGUGCAAGACAGCCAGCACAAUCUGCAGAUGCGCGGCCUGGUGGUGCUCCUGGUUUCCAAGGCGGCCGGACCCGGUGGCCCCGCGACCCUGGCCCUUGAUCAUGGAAUGGUCAGUGGGAUCUAUCCCAGCCAGAGGAGCCUGGCGGAGAUCACUGAGCUCAUCCACACAGCUUUCCUUGUACACCGUGGGAUUGUCAACAUUGGUGAGUUGAAGACUUCCGACGGGCCCCUGAAAGACAUGCAGUUUGGAAACAAAAUCGCAAUUCUGAGUGGGGACUUCCUUCUAGCAAAUGCCUGCACCAGCCUGGCCCAGCUGCAGAACACAAAGGUUGUGGAACUCGUAUCAAGUGCUCUAAGUGACCUAGUCCAAGGGAUCUACCAUGAGAACUCCUCUUCUGCUGAGGAAAACUGGAUCACAGAUGAUAUUGGAAUCUCAGCUUGGAAGGAGCAGACUUUCCUGUCCCACAGUGCCUUGCUGGCCAAGAGCUGCCAAGCUGCGAUGGAGUUAGCGAGUCACGGUGCAACGGUCCAGGAGGUGGCGUUCCAGUAUGGAAAGCACAUGUCCCUGAGCCACAAGAUAAACUCAGAUCUCCAGCCCUUUGUUGAAGGGAAAUCCUGUGGCUCAUUAGCUUUCAGUUUAAAUUCUGCUCCUGCCAUCUUGCACCAGGAAUUCUUCGGAAGAGAAAUGUGGAUGAAGCAGAUAAGAGAGGCGCAAGUGAAAGGGAGCUUAGACUACUCCAAGUUGCGAGAAGCAAUCAAGGCUGGCAAAGGUGUGACUUCGGCUAUUGACCUGUGCCGUUACCAUGGAAACAAAGCUCUGGAAGCCCUGGAGCACUUUCCUCCCUCCGAGGCCAGAUCGGCUCUAGCGAACAUCGUGUUUGCUGUGACCACGUUUUCGUGAUGGUCCAGUGGGGGGAAAGAGAGAGAGUGAGCAGCAGAGUGUGUGUGUGUGUGAGAGAGAGAGUGAGAGAGUGAACACACAACCAAAAUCACCAGGAGGACUGGGUGCUGGGCUCUCCAGGGAUGAAUUGUGACCCUGGACCGUCUGGCCCUCUGGGGGACUGCUGCCGACAAAAUUUGACAGAGGGAGAAAAGGUCAAAUGGUUUUCCCUUGUCAUGCCAGAAGCGCACUUGAGGCUGCUCCUGCAGCAAUAAUUAAUGAGGCUCACUUCCGUGACCUCAGCAAAUGGACAGGAAAUAAGUGGUUAUUGAUUGGACAGAGCCCAGGCUGGCGCCAUGGCGGUGGCCUGUGGUUUGCCCAUCCCUCCCCCUACCCCAGAGAGGAUGAGGAGGGUGGGGGCUGGGGAGCAGUGGGAGUGGCAUGCUCUUGCCCGGACAGGAAAGGGAAUGUCUGGGCUAGGGUCCCGGGCCCAGCCACCAGCCGGGCAACAAGGUAGCUCAGUAAGUCCUGAGGAAAACCCUUUAUUCCUCCCUCCGGGCUACUGGGCUUUCUCACACUCUUUCUGGCCAUUCCGAUGUAUAAAGAUUUGGUUCCUUGUG